AGCUGACGUCAUCCAUCGGCGCCGCCCACCCGGACGCCGUGGUUUGCGCUGAUCGGUUCAGCACCGCGGACAGAGGACGCGCGGCGGCGCCUGCGCACUAAGCGGCGUCCGAGUCAGCACCGCGGACAGAGCCCCUGGCGCAUGCGCAGUGCGCGACGACGGAUUUGCCACCGCGGGCGGCGCAUGCGCGCCGCGCGACGUCCGCUUCAGCACCGCGGACAGAGGCCCCCCGCGGCGCGGCGCGCAUGCGCCUCCUCCGCGGGGCUGACGUCACCCGUCACCCGUCCGCAGCGAGCGAGCGAGCCGCGGAGGAGCCGAAGCCGCCGCGGCGAACUCCUACGCGCCCGCCGCGGCCCCUGCCCCCGCGGCCCCCCGCACCGAACUCCUACGCGCCCGCCGCGGCCCUCGCGACCCCCGCCCGCCGCCGCCAUGAACUACCUGCGGCGCCGCCUGUCGGACAGCAACUUCAUGGCGAACCUGCCGAACGGGUACCUGUCGGACCCGCAGCCCCCGCCCCCGCCCCCGCCGCCCUCCUCCUCCUCCGCCCUCAGCCCCGGCGGCGGCGGCGGCGUCGCCUCGCCCGGCUCCAACAUGGCCGCCGCCGCCCCCGCCGCCGCCGCCGCCGCCGCCGGCGCGGGCUCGUCUCCAGCCGCCGCGGCCCCGAGCUCCGUGCCCUCCCCAUCCGGGUUCUUCUCGUCGCUGUCGAACGCGGUGAAGCAGACGCUGAGCGAGCAGGUCGGGGGCGGGGGCGGGGGCGGCGGGUCCGGGUCCGGGGGCCGCGGGGGCACCGCGGCGCGGGUGCUGCUGGUCGUCGACGAGCCCCACACGGACUGGGCCAAAUACUUCAAGGGGAAGAAGAUCCAUGGGGAGACCGACAUCAAAGUCGAGCAAGCCGAGUUCUCCGACCUCAACCUCGUGGCCCACGCCAGCGGCGGGUUCUCCGUGGACGUGGAAGUGCUGCGGAACGGGGUCAAGGUGGUGCGGUCCCUGCGGCCCGACUUCGUGCUCAUCCGCCAGCACGCCUUCAGCAUGGCGCGCGACGGCGACUUCCGCAGCCUGGUCAUCGGGCUGCAGUACGCGGGCGUCCCCAGCGUCAACUCGCUGCACUCGGUCUACAACUUCUGCGACAAGCCCUGGGUGUUCGCGCAGAUGCUGCGCCUGCACCGGAAGCUGGGGACGGCGGAGUUCCCGCUCAUCGACCAGACCUUCUACCCGACCCACAGGGAGAUGCUCAGCCGGACGGCGUACCCCGUGGUCGUGAAGAUGGGCCACGCGCACUCCGGGAUGGGCAAGGUCAAGGUCGACAACCCGCACGACUUCCGGGACAUCGCGAGCGUCGUGGCGCUGACCAAGACGUACGCCACGGCCGAGCCCUUCAUCGACGCCAAGUACGACGUGCGCGUGCAGAAGAUCGGGCACAACUACAAGGCCUACAUGCGGACGUCGGUGUCCGGGAACUGGAAGAGCAACACGGGCUCGGCCAUGCUGGAGCAGAUCGCCAUGUCGGACCGGUGCGGGCGACUGUGGGUAAUGACUGUGGGAAAUGUAGUCCCCCACACAGAGGACUGUGGGAAACGUAGUCCAUCCCCCCCACCCCCGCAGGUGGUCGGCUCCUCCAUGCCGCUCAUCGGCGACCACCAGGACGAGGACAAGCAGCUGAUCGUCGAACUCGUGGUCCACAAGAUGUCGCAGGUUCUGCCUCGGCGGCAGCAGCAGCAGCGUCAGCAGCGCGAGGGGGACGUGUCCCCGGGCCGGGGCGCCCACAGCCAGGCCCCGUCCCCGGGACCCGCACCCCUGGGCCGCCCGACCUCCCAGCAGCCCGCGGGGCCUCCAGCUCAGCACCGGCCCCCGCCACAGGGUAAGGAGAGGGCGCCGGACCCCAUUUUACAUGUGGUUUUCCGGGACUCGAACCCGGGACCUUGGGAAGAGCAGGCGGUGCUCUGACCACUGAGCCGCCUCUCUAGCCCCAGUCUGGCCUCUCU